UCAAUGAAUCGACCAGUUCCACCACAGACAGCCACGAACGUGUUCUGAGAUCAUGGCGCUCCUCGUGAGAAUCGCCAAGUGCGAGGCGCGACUUACCAUAAGGACAUACAGCAGUAGCGUACCGACAGUUAAGAUGUACAUUGACGGCCAAUUCGUAGAAUCGAAAGCCACAGAGUUCACGGAUGUCCACGAUCCAGCAACAAACCAGCUUUUAUGUCGCACUCCAAAAUGCACCAAAGAAGAAAUGGAGACGGCCGUGCGAAGCGCCAAAAAAGCUUACGAGCAGUGGAAAGACACUAGUGUGCUCACCAGACAAACUUUGAUGCUCAAGUACCAAGCACUUAUACGCGAGCACUCGAAAGAAAUCGCAAAAAAUCUAGUCCAGGAAAAUGGGAAAACAAUGGCGGAUGCCGAGGGAGAUGUUCUUCGAGGGCUUCAGGUGGUCGACGCCUGCACCGCGAUUCCGAUUCUUCAGAUGGGCGAGAGCAUGCCAAACAUUGCCACGGACAUGGACACGAUCUCCUACAGGAUUCCUCUUGGUGUAACUGCCUCCAUUUGUCCAUUCAAUUUCCCUGCGAUGAUACCCCUUUGGUCGUUUCCCGUAUCGGUGGCGUGCGGGAACGCGACCAUUUUGAAACCGUCGGAGCGUGUACCAGGAGCUUCGAUGAUCCUUGCCGAUCUCUUCGCUAAGGCUGGUGCUCCGCCAGGGUUGUUGAAUGUGAUUCAUGGUCAGCACGCGGCUGUUACCUUUAUUUGCGAGCAUCCAGACAUUAAAGCAGUUUCUUUCGUUGGUUCCGAUCAAGCGGGAAAGUACAUCUACAAACAGAGCAGUGCCCACGGGAAACGCGUGCAAUGUAAUAUGGGGGCGAAGAACCAUUGCGUCGUUAUGCCAGACGCGAACAAGAACAAAACUAUUUCUCAGAUCGUGGGUGCUGCUUUUGGGGCGGCUGGUCAAAGGUGUAUGGCCCUUUCCGUCGCCAUAUUCGUCGGGAAAUCAAAGGAUUGGGUGCCAGAAUUGGUGGAGGCCGCGAAGAGGUUAAAGGUCAAUGCUGGACACAUACCUGGCACAGACCUUGGACCAGUUAUAUCGCCACAGUCGAAGCAGAGGAUAUGCGAUCUGGUCGAGUCGGGGCUGAAAGAGGGUGCCACGUUGAGUCUCGAUGGCAGGGGACUGGUUGUCAGUGGAUUCGAGAAAGGAAACUUUGUUGGACCAACGGUGCUGACAAAUGUUCAGCCUUCGAUGCAGUGUUACACAGAGGAAAUCUUCGGACCUGUUCUUUCGUGUUUAUUCGUCGAUACCAUGGACGAGGCUAUUAACAUCAUUAAUAAGAAUCCUUACGGGAAUGGAACUGCUGUAUUUACGACGAACGGUGCAACAGCGAGAGCAUUUACGAACAGGAUCGAGGCCGGGCAAAUUGGUAUAAACGUUCCAAUCCCAGUGCCGUUGCCAAUGUUCAGUUUCACGGGAAACAAGGGAUCUUUCUUGGGAGAUAAUCACUUUUAUGGGAAAAACGGCGUCAAUUUCCACACGCAAACAAAAACGGUAACGCAAUUGUGGAGGUCUGGGGACGCAACCGACAUUGAUUCCUCGACAGCCAUGCCGACUAUGCAAUAAAGUUGACGUUUUUUUAUUCCCUCGAAAAAUUGUUCCUAUCGAAUAAUGAAAAACCGGUUCUGAGCUUGCAAGAUUAGCAACCGUGUCGAGGAGACAAGCUAGGGUAAAAGCUUUUCCUGCGAGAACGAAGAUGCAUAAGUUCCUGACAAUACGUGAAUAAUAAUGUCUUCCAUUAGUCCGAAAAGUCUUCCUAGAAUGUUUAAAUAACUAUAUUUUGUAAUAAAAUAAUAAAACACUAUGGAGCUGAA